UAGCACAGGUUUCUCCUCUUCUAGGCAAUGGCAAAGAAUUCGUGUGGUUCUCUGGGAACCAUGGAGGAGGUCGAGAGGGUGUUCAACAGGUUCGAUAAGAACGGCGACGGCAAGAUCUCAGCCGAAGAGUUCGGCGAGGUGCUCCAGGCACUCGGCUCCACCACGUCUCCGGACGAGCUUACGCGCAUAAUGUCGGAGAUCGAUACCGACGGUGACGGCUUCAUUGACCUCAAGGAGUUCGCCGACUUCCACCGCGCUACCGACAGCAACGGAGGCCUUACGGAGCUCCGUGACGCCUUCGACAUGUACGAUCGCGACAAGAACGGCCUGAUAUCCGCGAGUGAGUUGCACGCGGUGUUCAAGAGCCUGGGCGAGAAGGUCACCCUCAAGGAUUGCUCUCGGAUGAUCAGCUCCGUCGACGCCGACGGCGAUGGUUGCGUCAAUUUCGAGGAGUUCAAGAAGAUGAUGACUCGUUCUUAAUCCAUGUUCGGAUCUCACCACAUUGACGUAGUUUUCCUUGUAAAUACGGUACUAUUUCUCAACUCGCUAUCUCAAUUAGUCGUUCUUUCGCUAUUUCACAGAUUUCAUUCAAAAAAUCACCAGGAAUCGGUGGAAUCAGCAAAAGUAUUAGCAAAAUUAGGGUUACGAAAUUAUGUUUAGGUUAGAUAUAACAAUGUGAAAAACUGGUUGAUUUUGACUAUAAAAGUCAUUAAUUGCGUGAUUCAACGUCGUCAACUGCCUUCACGGAAAAGCAAUGCGAUGAGGAGGACAGUUACUUGCUUUACGCGUGCUCCGCUAUGCACGAAAUCAUGCUGUUUACUUUUUCUAUCAGACUAAACGUUCUGGGAUCUUUUAUAUCUUUUGUUCGUCAACACGUCUUUUUAUUCCUAGAGCUCCAACUUUAUUGGCACGGUGAAGGUGCUUUGACCACGUUGACCCUUAUAUAUACAUAUAUCAGAGUGUAAUGUGGGGCCCCUUUCCAUUCUUAAAGCUCCAACUUUAUUGGCAUGAUAAAGAUGUUUGACCUCUAUAUUUAUAUAUAUGAGUGUAGUAUGGGGGUUCUAUGGGAGCCACAAGUCUCAAUGUGCCAUUGAAUUUGGUUGGAGGUUAUAAAAGUUGGCAUAAUGACUAUGCCUUCCAAUGUUAAAGAGUUUGAACGAGUCAAAUUUAGGCUUUAAAUUUGGGAUUUUUGUUUUA